AAAGCUCGGUGCUGGUGCAUACCUGAAAAUUUUACCCGAUUCCUCACAUCAGGUGUUCAGGACGAUAGGAUACUUCAUCAUAAUCAAGGGACCAAGCCUUGUGCCCUUUCUCUGCAACGACCACCGUCUGUACAUAGAAGCGAGCCGCCCGCAACCCUUCCACACGCAACCUCUCCACACACUCGUGCAGCUCACGAACACCACUUACGACAAUAAUGGCAGAAGGAAGCAACUACGACUACCUCUUCAAGGUUGUUUUGAUCGGUGAUUCAGGUGUUGGCAAGUCAAACCUGCUUUCGCGGUUCACGCGCAAUGAAUUCAACCUCGACUCCAAGUCGACUAUCGGUGUCGAGUUUGCGACGCGGACGAUCAAUGUAGACGGAAAGACGGUCAAGGCACAGAUUUGGGAUACCGCAGGCCAAGAGCGAUACCGGGCCAUCACCUCUGCGUACUACCGCGGCGCAGUCGGUGCCCUGCUGGUAUACGACAUCGCGAAGCACGCAACGUACGCAAACGUCACGCGCUGGCUCAAGGAGCUGCGCGACCACGCAGAUGCCAACAUCGUCAUCAUGCUCGUUGGCAACAAGUCCGAUCUCAAGCACCUCCGUGCUGUCCCUACUGAGGAGGCGAAGACCUUCGCUACCGAGAACGAAUUGUCGUUCAUUGAGACUUCGGCGCUGGACGCCUCGAACGUCGAGUCGGCCUUCCAGACCAUUCUUACGGACAUUUACCGCAUCGUCUCGAGCAAGACCCUCGAGCAGUCCUCGGACCCCAUCAAGGCACCCACGAGUGACACGAUCCCAGUCGCAAUCGACUCGGCUGCCCCGGCUUCCGGCAGCAAGUGCUGUUAAGCGAUCGGGACGGUGAUAGACGUACUUACGAGGGACAUGACGUUUGACUGUGUAUAGGUACUCUCUGGCUUCUGUUUAAUAAUCUGAUUUCUUCGUGCUCUGUCAGAAGAUGAUACGAGCACAUAUAUAAUUGACAUCUUGCAAUUGUGAAUGUCGACUGGGGACCGUCGGACUGCGCUCGUGAGGUCACCGAUGCGCCCGUCGGCGCUCGCCCGCUGAAGCGUU